CUGUAUGCUUUUCUUUAUAAUAGGGAAUCUUUAUAUUGGUUUAUAACUUCGUUUUUUAGUUACCUCAAUGACAUUGAUAGGAUAGCUGGUCCGAACUAUUUACCGACCGAGCAAGACAUACUGCGUGUUCGAGUCCCCACCACGGGGAUAAUCGAAUACCCUUUUGAUCUGGAGCAAAUAAUUUUUAGAAUGGUAGAUGUAGGCGGUCAGCGUUCCGAGCGUCGAAAGUGGAUACACUGCUUUGAAAAUGUCACUUCAAUAAUGUUUUUAGUUGCCCUUUCUGAAUACGACCAGGUGCUAGUGGAAUGUGAUAACGAAAAUCGCAUGGAGGAAAGCAAGGCUCUUUUUCGAACUAUAAUUACAUAUCCAUGGUUUCAGAACAGUUCUGUUAUACUUUUUCUUAACAAAAAGGACUUGUUAGAAGAAAAAAUUAUGUGCUCACAUCUUGUUGAUUAUUUCCCGGAGUACGACGGUCCUCCAAGAGAUGCGAUUGCUGCUAGGGAGUUCAUUCUUAGGACAUUUGUCGAUUUGAAUCCAGAUGCAGACAAAAUCAUAUAUUCUCAUUUCACUUGUGCUACAGGUAUUCUAUUUACGACGAAAUGUUUUGUCGGUGUAACUUGUGCAGUUUUUUAUCGACUGUUUCCGCGUAGAACGCUUGAAAGCGAUAGUUUCGCACGUCUUUGAUC